AUGACAACGGCUGGAACAACAAUAUAUUCACCAGAUCAACAAAAGGGCCAAAUUCAGAGCACAAAUGCAAGUCCAUUGAGUGAUAUGAAUUCUGAUGAUACUAGCAUAUCUAGAAAUUUAGGGGAUAUUUUAUCUCCCGUUGCAAAAACCGUAGCAAUAUUUCACGGGAGUGAAGAACAGAUGACGGACGAUGAAACACUCACCAAUAGAGCUCCAAUAGAUAUCAAGGUGGACCAAAAUUCUACAAUUAUACAGGAAAUUCAUGAUAUCAACCAGAGGAGUCAAGAAACAACGGAGCAAUUGACUUUGAAGUUUCAUUCCAAAGCAAAAAUCUUGAUCUACGAUCAUGAAAGUAACUGCAAAUCUAUUCGAAAGCUUUUUAACUCCAGAAGAAACCCAACAGAUAGUCCAUUGAAAAGAAUAAAUCGUUCGAUAAGCAGAAAACUGUCAGGGUUUGGUGUCAAUGUCUCCACCACUGCCGUUGAUGCGCCUGGGUAUUUAUACGGAUCAUGUGACAGAUCAAUUCUCAAAAGCAAGAUCAAUAUUAACGAGGAACAAGAAUCAAUCAGAGCAAAUAAUUGCGAUGAGGUGGGAGUGGAAGAUUUUUUAUGCUUCUUUGAAACUCACGAGCGUCGUCGGAUGGACACAGAACCGUUUCUUGAACAUUUCAGAGAGAAGCAGAUAGAGAAAUAUUACGAAAACAUGUAG